AUGGAUCAGGAAGCCUUUCGCAGCCUCCUCUCCUCGUCCGGCGCCUCAUCCUCGUCUGGCGCGCCGCGAGCAGCCUUUGGGUCUACGCAGAAGCGUCCACGUCCACGUCCGCAGGCCGCUCUCAGUCAGCACGACGACGACGACUAUCGCAAGCAUCGCCCCUCGCAAGACGCAGAUACCAAUGUUGAAGACGAGCAACCUAAGCAACGCGGCCCAAAGUGGAACAGCGCCACAGGGGAAGCCUACGUAGAUCGCGCUGCUGCCCGGCGCGAAGGGCGCGAACCGGGAGAGGAUGACGAGGAAGCGGCGAGCGUACGCGCUUUGCAUGAGGAGUGGAGACAGAAGUGGCUAGCGGCUGAUACCGAGGAGCAGAGACGGGAGGUCGAGGAGCAGAUGGCCUUCCUGGGUGGAGAUGCAAAGCAUUCCAUCUUGGUGAAAGGGCUGGAUUAUGCGCUUCUUGCGCAGCAGAGGGCCAAGGCUGGCGGUGCAAGAGGGGAAGAGGACGAUGAUCUGGAGCAAGCAUAUGCAGGCGCUAGGCAGUCACCUGGCGAAGCUGAGUCGUCAAAGUCAUCAGCAUCCUCGGCGAAGCGCUCCCGGCAGGAGAUUCUCGAUGCCCUGAAGCGGCGCAAGCUUGACCGCGGAGACGCUAGCUCACCACCGCAGCCUCAGCUCAGCGAGGAGCUACGAAAGCAGCGCGAAGCCGAGGAGGAAAGACAGAGGCAUCUUUCCAAAUUCAAGCCGAUUGGAGCAGGCACGAGUGGCCAGCUGGAGAAGGUCAUCAUUACAAAGGAUGGAAAGAGACUGCGCAAGAAGGUCAAGAAGCCGGCAGACGGGCCGACAGCAAAUGGUGCAAGAGAGCCAGUCAAGCCGGCUGCUACUAUCGCUCCAUCCAAUGCUGCAGUCUCAUCUUCUUCGGCGCCGUCGCCGUCAUCACCGUCCUCGAGGCCUGCCGUAGCGACCAAGCCUGCUCCGCCGGCGCCGCUUCCAUCCAAGAGGGACUUCGCGCCUCGUCAGCUGAAGAAAGGCUCCGGUGCUGUCUCCACCUCGGAAACACCCGCAAAGGAGCAUGAAAGCGCUCCGGCGUCUGUUGCUGUCAGAGAGAAGAGAGAUCAGCCUGUGUCGUCCGGAGCAGACGACGUGGACGGUAGCAACCACACACGUCAAAAUCAGGCAGACGACCUUGACGAAGAAGAGGAAGACAUCUUUGCGGACGCGGGAAGAUGGACUGGGCUGGACGCCGACGACGAUGAAGAUGACGAGGAGCGGCGGUCCAAAGCUGUGGAGCCGAACGCUCGCGGCAAAGACGCAGCCGACUUACCCCUUCUGCCUGCUCUCAGCGCUUCAGGCAAGCGCGACUGGUUCGGUGACGGCGAGGAGGAAGAAGACAGGAAGGAGGAGCCAGCAGCCUCGCUCCAACCUCCGGUUCACGUAUCUCCUUCACGCCAGCAGACGCAAACCGACGCAGAACAGCCGAAUGCGCCCGAGGCGUCGACAGGUCGCCUCCAAGGUCUAAGCGAUUCUGCCCUCCCUUCGUCCUGGUCGCGGCACCUCCUCGAACAAGAGCGAGAACGUGAGGCUCGUGCUGAAAGGAAGAAGGAGGAAGCGAGACGAGAGAGGGUGAAUAAGAAGAGGGAAAAGAAACGCGCGGAGAGAGAGGGAGCAGAGGGUGCGCAAGGAGGUGCCGGAUCAGAGUAA